AUGCUCGCCAUUCUUCUUCUCUGUAUAGUUGGUUUUGUUGCCGCCCAACAACCUCAACCAUGUGUAACACCACAACAAUGGGAAGCUAACAUUUUUGACUACAGUGAACCAAACAGAUUCAUGGUACGUGGACGAUUGAGUUACGAUGCUACCAAUCACCGUGAACGUCUCCUUGAAGAAGUUGAAGUUGGAGAUGACCGAGAAUACUAUGAUGUCAUUGCUUUGUUUGAUUUACAAACCGAAUUUAUCUAUAAUUACAAAGCGCACAAUUGUUCACGUCAACCAUUAACUCGACCAUGGCGCGAUUUCGGUAUUCGACCAGAUGCUCGUUCAUUCGGUGAAGCUUACAUUGGUACAUCGGCAUUACCAGGCUUAGGUUUAUUAGUCACCAUGUGGGGUACAAACCAUACAACACCCACAAACGACACUGUUCGCACAUUCGGAACCUGGACAUAUCGAGCAUGUCUUCCAGUCAGUUUUAUUAGUCACAGCACUCAAAUGGGUCGUACUCAAUCAUCAUUCUUCGAUAUUGUUGCUGGUAUCAGUGAUCCAAAUGUAUUCAUUCCACGACCAGAAUGUCUUACAGCCAAAGAAUAUGCUAUGCGAGACACCCUUUUCGGUACACCCGCAAAAAAAUUAAAUAAAUAA